AUGCUGGAGGUGAAGGCAGAGAUGAUGACGAAGGUGGAGGCGGGGAUGAUGAUGGACGUGGAGGUGGGGAUGAUGAUGGAGGUGGGGGCAGAGACAAUGAUGGACGUGGAGGCGGGGAUGAUGAUGGAGGUGGAGGUGGGGAUGAUGAUGGACGUGGAGGUGGGGAUGAUGAUGGACGUGGAGGUGGGGAUGAUGAUGGAGGUGGGGGCAGAGACAAUGAUGGAGGUGGGGGCAGAGACAAUGAUGGAGGUGGGGGCAGAGACAAUGAUGGAGGUGGAGGCGGGGAUGAUGAUGGAGGUGGAGCCGGGGAUGAUGAUGGAGGUGCAGAUGAAGGCAAAGUCAGAGUUGGAGGUAGAGGUGGAGUCAGUUCUGGAGGUGGAGGCGGAGUACAAGGCAUACUCCACCCAUCGGGAGAGGCGAGGUAUAGAAGUCUCAGUGCUCCUACAUGUGCUACUUCCUGUGACAGCCCUCUCCGUUCCUGUUGUCCACAAAAUCCUUCCUUUGAACUGUGAAGAUAUCUACAGAAAUGGCUCCACACACAGUGGUGUGUACGCAAUCUAUCCUGGAGGAGACACCAAACCUGUCCAGGUGUACUGUGACAUGGGCUGUGAAGAUGACAAUGAAGUCGAUAGAGGAAUGUGGACAGUGAUCCAGAGGAGAAUGGAUGGAACUGUGAACUUCUACAGACCCUGGAAUCAGUACAAGACCGGAUUUGGAGACCCAGCUGGAGAGUACUGGCUGGGGCUGGAGAACAUCUUCCUUCUUACUUGGACAAAGAAGUAUGAGCUGCGGGUGGAUAUGGAAGACUUUGAAAGAGGGCGGGUCCAUGCCCAGUACUCCUCUUUCUCAAUCGACCCUGAGUCAGAGGGAUACAAACUGCAUAUUAGCACUUACAUUGAUGGAGGUGCAGGAGACUCCCUGGCUUACCACAAUGAGAAGAAGUUUUCCACCUUUGACAAAGACCAGGAUGCCUGGAGCAGUAACUGUGCCCUGACCCACCAUGGGGGAUUCUGGUUUGAUCGUUGUCUUCAUGCAAACCCUAAUGGCUUGUACACAUGGGGUCAAAGAGUGCGCUCAGUCGCUAAUGUUGGCGUUUUGUGGCAAACCUGGAAGGGUACUUUGUACUCCAUGAAAUCCAUCAGCAUGAAGAUCCGAUCUCUGUCUCUGGAACGGUUGGAGGAGUAG